CAGGCUGGGCUAGCGAGCUGUUCAAGCGUCUUGUAGCAUAGCCUGCGGCAAGAAAGCGAGGGAGUAUGCAGAGUGCAAUGUUUCUGGCUCUCCAGCACAACUGCAACCCAAUGGAGAGAAGCACCAGCAACUGCCAGAGCAAAGAAGAGAAAAAGGGGAAGAUGAAGAAAACACUCAUAAAAGAUUGGAAAUCGAGGUUGAGUUAUUUCCUGCAGAACUCUUCCAGUUCUACCAAUGCAAAGGCCAACAAGAAAGCACAGCAAAAGACAUAUACUAGACCAUCUCCUGAGGAAGCCCAGCUGUGGUCAGAAGCAUUUGAUGAUCUUCUAGCUAACAAAUAUGGUCUGGCAGCUUUCAGGGCAUUCUUGAAAUCUGAGUUUUGUGAAGAGAACAUUGACUUCUGGCUGGCUUGUGAGGAUUUCAAGAAAACUAAGUCCCCACAGAAGAUGACAGCCAAGGCUAAGAAGAUUUACAGUGACUUUAUUGAAAAGGAAGCUCCCAAAGAGAUCAACAUAGAUUUUCAAACCAAGAAUACCAUUGCUCAGAAUCUACAAGAGGCUACACACACCUGCUUCAGCGCAGCCCAGAAGAGAGUCUAUAGCUUGAUGGAAAAUAACGCUUACCCAAGGUUCCUGGAGUCUGAAUUCUACCAGGACUUGUGUAAAAAACCAAUCAGCAGAGAGCCUCAGGGGACAUGAACUCACAAGUGCAAGAGGGAAGAGGAAGAAAAAGUGAAGAAAAUGCCAUUUUGUCCCUUAAAGAGGAAUCCCAUGUGCCUGUGCAGGCUCAGUGGACUGAAAUGAACUGAAUGUAGAGGAGAUUUGCCUAAAUGUAACUUACAGUUUUCAACAGAUGGGCAUAUUGCCUCUGGCAGUUUCCAAAUUUUGGUAAGCUGUGAUCAUGAAAGUCUACAAGGAAAAGCGAGGAAUCCUGCUGGCCAGUUGCUAGGGAAUGUUCAUUUUCCAUUAAGGAAAAAAAAUGCACUGGGAAAGAAUGUCUUGUGCAUUACUGAACCACUGUGGGGCAUCCAGCACCAUUUGUCAACCUGGAUGUGCUCAUACUGUUUAAGCCAGAUAAGAUCAGCCUCCUUUGAAAAAAGUAAAUAAGCUCUAGAGUUGCUCUGUGCAGACUGAUUCUUUCUGGGACUUGGACAACGCUUUGAAUAAUUGGCUGUCUCUAGUUUUCCUAAACAGCUGGCAGCAAAUGAUAAUCUAUCAUUGCUCUCUAGAGUUUCUUACGCAGAUUCUGUUCUGUCCAGAACUCGCAUCUCUGCACAGAUGUAGCAGACUUCUAUGUGACUGCUAGACAUACAUUCUGAAGUUGCUGUAUAAUUUCAUGCACAGAUUGAGGCUGACUGAUUUGAAAAACAGAGCAUGCUGACUGACUGGGGUGACAUUCUGCAUGGGUGAAGAUGCAGCUGGCGCAGAACUUGGCCCAGACUUAAAAGGACAGCUGUAUCUUAUUGUGUGUAUGGAAAUAGACUGUGGUUGUAUUGUACACUCCUACCAAUGCUGAAAGUACUGACUUAGGGACGGACAAACUUCAGUGAAGUUGUCUUUUUUUUCUGAAGAGCAGAUAUGUUUUAAUAAAUUAUUUUUAUUUUAAUAAAA